ACCAAAUCCAAACGCAUUGUCUGAGCAGCGUGGCCAUGACUGUACUCCAAGUGCUCCAAGGCCUAUGGCGCCUAGUUGUCGUGUUCGCCGCUUGCGUUGGAGUGUCAUACGUUCUCUUCUCGCGCUUGUUGGAGCGACGACCUUCCUUGGCAGAGACCCUUUCGUGGAACCUGGGCUUCGAAGACAUCCAGCGAGGCGACGUCAGCGCCGCCCUCCGCAGCGCCAUGUCCGAAGAUUUUGAGUUGACGCUCGCAUGCUUUGCUAGUGUCUUCUUCAUAAAGCAGACGUUUGCUAUUCCUGGCUCAGCCUUGCUCAACGUCAUUGCCGGCGUACUUCUUCCCAUCCACAUCGCCUUCCCCCUGGUGUGCGUCCUCACAACGUGUGGCGCGUCGUCCUGCUACAUCUUGUCUUCAACAUUGGGUUCCCACGAGAGCUUGGUGUCUAUGACCGACUACUUCCUCCCUGGCAAGUUGGAUCUCCUGCAAGUGCAGAUCGACGCCGCGCGCCAAGAGGAGCGGUUGGUGUACGUGCUGUUGUUCCUGCGCAUCUUUCCAUUUUCGCCCAACUGGCUUCUCAACAUGGCGAGCCCGUACCUGAACAUCCCUCUGCGUCUCUUCGCGCCGUCCGUGUUGAUUGGCCUCAUGCCGUACAACUUUGUGACUGUCAAGGCAGGGUCGAUGCUGUCGAACCUUGACAGCAUCCGAGACAUCUUCGACGUCCAAACAGUGCUCGGCUUCCUCACCCUCGCCGCGCUCAUGCUCGUGCCAGCGAUUGUCAAGCGAAGGCAAGCCAAAGCAAACUCCAAAAAGAUGGCGUAAUAAUAUGAAACAGUCCUCGUUGUCACCUCGACCAAACACUCGUGUGUGACGGACGGUAUGUAUGGCCUCCUGAUGCUGUACAAUGAUAUUAGUUUUACUCCUGUUGUACCCGCUCGUACAAAAUGUAAAUCCAAUCUGUUGGUAUAUUAAUAUUUUUAAUAAUAAUACUUCGAC